AUGGAGAGCCCAACCGUGCUGGCCCUCUGGCUCUGCAGCUGCCUGGCUCUCGCCAUCAUGGGGACGAGACUGAUUUGGAGAAAGAUCGCAGGGCAGCCGUUCAAUCUCGGUGACUACCUUACUAUGGUCGCUGCUGUACUUUGUUUGGGUAGGCUCUCGACCAUCUAUGUUGUGUUAAUCUGGGGGAAUAGCAAUGUCCCGCCUGAGAUACGAGAGUCACAUGUCUUUACUUCCGAAGAGAUAUACCAACGCACAGUUGGGGGUAAGCUUACGCUUGCUGGUCGCUGCUUUUAUAAUUCAUUUCUCUGGGUACAGAAGAUGGUCCUCCUCGACAUCUAUCGCCGGUUACUACUGGGCUUGCGAUAUGAGAGGCAUAUCAUGAUCUUCUUCAUUACCUUGAUUUCUGUUACAUGGGUUGUGGUCAUUAUUGUUAUAUUUGUUGAAUGUCACCCUGUCCAUUUAUAUUGGCAAGUGAUUCCUGAUCCUGGGACCUGCACUAAGGCCCAGCUGGAACUAUUUGUUCUCGCUUGCUUCAACAUCGUCACUGAUGCGAUGCUUCUUGGUUUCCCAUUUCUCCUCUUCACCACUCUCAAAACGACCUGGAAACUCAAAGUGCGACUAUACUCGUUAUUUCUGCUUGGUCUAUUCAUCAUCGUUGUCACCAUCGUCCGGUUACCUAUCAACAGGACGAACAAAAACAGCCAAGCGAACCGAUCGAUGUGGGCGAGCACCGAGCUCUUCGUGGCUACGCUGGUCGUCAAUGCCCCAACAAUCUACGGCUUGUGGAAUAAGAAGAGACAGCACACGCUCCACUCCCGCUCUCCUGGCAGUGGAGUAGCUGGUCACAGUCUGGAGCGUGGGAUGGCAUCUCGCACGGCGAACACCACACAAGCCUUUGCAAUGGCUUCGAUGAGCCAUAAGCAGGAUUCCUUUGGGGGCAUUAUGCGUACGAAGGAGGUAAUUGUGUCUGAAUAUGUAGAGCAUAAGGAGUAUGUAAAGAGGCCUGCAAUACAGCUAGAUGAGGUUGAGGUAGCGUCUAACUCGAGCCAACGGGGAAUAUUAAGGGACUGAGG